CCCUAGGUCCCUGAAUCAGGACCACCUUCACAUCAAGAGAAAAAUGCUUAUGGGACCUGCGAAAUCCGACACGAUCUGUGCCAGGCAACAUUUGCCCAGCACGAGCGCUUGAGAGCGCUCUUAGGCCUAGGAAGUUCUAUUUUACCUAGUCCGGUGGGCUUCAGUCAAACUGCAAGGGCAGAUUUCAAAUAGGUCUUGGCCUGCAGCGUAGAUGGUAUUUAUUUGUCCACGCAUUCUGCACCUGGACCAGCUGAAAAAGAGAUCUCGGUCCUGCCUACACACGUGGCUCGCUCUCCGACGGUGAAGCUAGCAGCAGCGCUGCUUCGCGACCAAGCGACCCGGCGCUGUGGUCUGGCCGCAGAAGCAGGAGAGGAAGUGGCGUAGGGGGGAAGAGAGAGAGGCGAGCUGGCGUAGGGUAGGGGAUUCGCAAUGCAAGGCUGGGCGAGUGCCAUAUCGGCGGCACGCGACUGGGUAGACACAGCCACGCGUAGAGACGCGCAGGGCGGGCCCGAAGAACUGACCAAAGAGGAGGAGCAAUGGGCCGCGGACUUCAGGAGGCUAUGGGAGAUGUUCAGGAGCUCGCAUUCGGAGGGGGAGCGCAUGACUGCCUUGGUGAUGGCUCUCCGGCUCUUCUGCAAGCUGCUGGACGACAAGAACCACGUCGCGGAGAUCGUCCACUAUCUUGUGGACGUGCGUCCGUUCCAGUUCGUUGUGGCUCGGCUCUUCUGUGAGGAGAUCAACACGCGCCGCCGGGCCAGAGGCGCCAAGGGCUUCUUUCCGCGCAAGGAGAUCAUAGAGCUGCUGUCGUACGACGACCAGGAGGAUGUAAAGCUCUCCGGCGCCGUGCUCUUCAGAAGCCUCGAGCAUCUCGUCUCCCCGCCGCUGGAGGUGCAGGGGCUGCUGGACGCGGGGCUGCUGUCGAUGCUGGUGUCCAUAUUCACGGAGUUCUGUGUGCCGGAUGAUGACUCGGGGUCCUUCAACGGCGCUGACGAGGACGAAGGGGACGACCUGCCGCUCGACCCUCGAGGCACGGAAGUCGAGGACCGGGUGAUAGCGCUGAUGAAGGGGCUGGCGGUGCACAGCGGCGCGGCGGUGAGCCUGAUAGAGGACGACUCACUCAAGAAGAUGUUCCGCGCAGCCGCCGGGCUCUUCUCGCCCUCCUUCAGCUACAUGGGCGACUACUCCGGCGCCGCUGCUGGCGCCGCAGCUGCCAACCUGGAGCUCGACCCCAAGCUGCGGAAUGCAGCAGCAGAGAUUCUGGAGCUGUCUCUGGCCAGCGACACUGGUGGUGUCGCACGUUACAUCCACAACCACAACCUUCUGGAGGUGCUGCUGAAGGCGGUGAUUCAGUACGAGGUGGACUCGGGUGACCCGCACCACGUGCUGCUGCUAGUCCACGCCCUCAUCGAGUGCCUCCGCCUUGCAUUCCGCCCAGACGCGGGUCCUGUGAAGCUGAAGGAGGACUUCCGUUCCCUGCGAGGCUACUUCUGGCUGGGCCAGCUCGUGCUCAAGCUCACCUUCGCUGCUGACACCCCUGCAGACCCCACCCCUGUCACGCAACUCCACAACUCGCCCUCCCCGCUCCUGCAGCAGCCGCCCCUAGCCCCCGCGCCCUCCCCGAUAACCCCUCUCCCCGGCUCGGGACCUGACCCUGAUGAUGCUACAGGGGGGGAAAGCAAGGCGGAGGGGGAAGAGAAAGGGGAAAAGGGCGAGGGGGAGGAUAGUGGGGAGGGGACUGGGGGGUCUAGCCCAGAGGAGGCAGUGAAGUCAGCGGAGCCAGUGGUGCCGUCUGCACUAGUGAAGCUGCUAGAUGCGCUCGUGUCCAUGGCACAGACUGUAGGAGGCGACCCUCCCCGCGCACACACCACUGGCUCCCGCCCCUUCUUUCGCUCACCUUCCGGCCGACAGAAGGACCUCUCGUGCCUGCCAGGCGCGCAGGUGAAGUCCCUGGAGUCUCUGCGGGUGCGGGACCCAGACGCGGUGCUCGUGCUGCAGAACGUGUUUCUGGAAACGAACCAGCUGCCGGUGCAGCUGCUGGUGCUGGAGCGCCUACAGAACCUGUACGCGUUCUUCCCGGAGAACUACUCGGUCAUCCAGGAGCUCAAGACGUUCCAGUUGCUGAUUCGCAACAUAGGGCAGUACCCCCGCAUGCUGCAGGAGCAGCUGCUGAAAGUCCUGGAGUACACAGUCAUAGUGCUCAACAUAGUGCCAGAGCAGGAGCUGCUCGCGCUUUGCAUCGAGCUGCAGAAGCCCGUGCCCACGUCUCUCUCGCGCUCGGCGCUCAUAUUUUUCAACAAGCUCCUGUCCUUUGAGCAGAACUUUGUGGAGGUGCUGCGGGACGUGGGGCUGGUGGACAUUCUCGUGUCGGACCUCAGGAAAUGCUCCCCUCCCGAGUCCACGCCUGUGCUCGUCGACGGCUCGGUUCCAUCUGUCUUCUUCAACCCUCAGUCCCCAUCUGCUGCUACGCUUGCCGCUGCUGCACAGGGAGCAGCAGGAGGGUCGGACUCCCCUUCCUCCUCCACCUCCUCACGCUCCUUCCCCCAGUCCCCGUCCUCAACCACCUCCUCCACCUCCUCCCACCUCUCCCUCUCUGCCUCAGGCGAGCCUGGUGAUUACCCGCACUCCCAUCCCCACCCCCACAACCAGCCGCCCAUGUCCCGGGUCAUGAAGAGCCGCAUGGACGCCAUGCGCGCGUCCCUGGGCCGGCGUCUCUCGUCCGAUUCGCUGGGCGGCAUGGGUCUGGGCGGCGGCAUGUCUGGAGCGCAUUCAUACUUCUUUGAUGAGGAGAGCACGUGCCAGGCGGCAUGGGAGUGCGUGCUGGCGCUCAUGGCGCACAGCCCCGCCAACCAGAAGGUUCUGAGGCAGAAGCGCGGCCUGCAGACCGUGCUGCCGCUGCUCGCGUCCUCCCGCCACCGCCCCUUCGCCCUGCGCCUGCUCACCAUUCUCAUCUCUGAGGAUCUCGCUCAGACCAACCCGGACGAAGUGGCAGGGCUGGUGCAGGUGGCGCGGCGGGGCGUGGCGGGGUCCCCGGGCGGCAGGAUGUGGCGGCUGGACAUAGCAGCGCGCACGGAGGUGCUGUGGACGCUCUCGCACGUGCUCUCUGCCAACCCCGUGGUGCAGGAGACGUUCCUCAAGGUCGAUGGCUUCUCCCUGGGCCUCGCUGUCAUUGCCAGCAUCAAGGGCUCCGCCACUCUCGACCCCACCUCCAAACCUGUUGCUCCUGCUACUGCUACUUCUGGAGCUUCUGCAGGAGCAGGCGCUCCCCUUGCCGCUGCUGCUGCUGCUGCUGCUGGGAAGCCUCCUGUACGAAGUUCCUCUGGGGCAGCUGUGGCUGCGUCGGGUGGCUCUGGUGCUGCGUCUGCUGCAGUAACCGGGUCGGCGUUAUCCCUAGGGGGCGUGGGCAAGGCGUCGCCAGUGACGGGGCGGUACCAGAUGAUGAUGUCCAAGGCAGCGCAGCUGGCAGACCUGGGGGAGACGCCUCUCGCGCUCAAGUUCGAGUUCGUCGACGCGCUUCUCAGCGUGCUGCUGCGCGCAGUCAAGGCCAACCCUGCCGGCCGCCUCGCCCUGCGUCGUGUGAUCAAACCCGAGGAUUUUUCCCAGCAGCUGCCCCACACAGGCCUCCUCGCCCCCCCGUACGACGUGCGGCUGAUCCGGUCCCUGCUAGACCUGGCCACAGAGACUCUUCGCAGCACCAGCCUCCCCCAGGUUCUCGUGCCGUCAUCGCCCUCCCCCACUCCUGUCAAGGGCAGCUAUGCUGCUCAGCACCUGGGACUGGACGACAGGGGGUCAGACAGUGAGGGCGGGGGGUCAGCAGGGAGGCUGUCUGGGAAGGGGUCUGGGAGGAGGGAGAGCAUUGGGGGAGUGGGGUCUGGGAGUGCGGGAGGGGGGGUAGGAGGGGGGAGCCCGUCAGGGCCGUGUGAGUGGGUGGUGGAUGAGGUGGGCGGUGUGCAGGACAGGGAGGGUGUGACGGUGCACAAUGCGGUGGUGGUGCAGAUGCUGCUCGACUCCCUGCAUCUGCUCGCCAACCCCACGGCCGAGCGCCUGCUGGCUGCCGUGCUCGUGCUGGCCAAGCUCUCCCCUCGCAAUGCAGAGGCGCUCAGUAGCAUACACGUGGUGCAAGUGCUGCUGGAGCUGUUCAUCCACAAGUCCCACACCCUUGCAGAAGCAACCAUCGACACCAUUCUCCAGACAGUUGAGAUCGUCGGCACCUUCAGAAUCUCUCCUACGGAGCUACGGCUCAUGGCGCUGCGCCUGCGCCAGGCGGCAGACGCGCCGCACGACCCCAUGGGGCUGCGCUUCCUGCGCAUGCUGUGCCGCAUGGCUGCUGCCUCCUCCGGCUCCGCGCAGAGCGUCGCCGUCUCCUCCUUUGCCGACCUCAGCAUGCGCCGCGUGGGGUAUGCCGGUGCUCACGCCAUCAUAGGCGAACGCCCCUGGCCCCCUGCUGGAGGCUUCUCUUUUGCCUGCUGGAUCCGUUUUGCUGGGCUGAGGAGCGACGCAGAGGACGAGGAGAGCGACGAGGAGUGUGAGGUGCGGGAGAGGCUGAGCUUUGGGUCGCAGCGGGGUGGGAGUGAUAGUGGCAGGCUGGGGAGGGCCAGGAGGCUGCAGGUGUUCAGUGUGGCGCCGGCAGGGGAGCCCCAUGAAUGCUGUGCGGAGAUGUUCAUCGAGGAAGACGGUGUGCUCACUCUCGCCGCUAACACCCACUCGGGCGCCGGCGGAGCGGGAGGUGCGGGCGGGUCUGUCACCGCCAGUGCCUCUGGUGGCAGCAGCAGCAAUGGGGGGGGGAGUGGUAGCAGCAGCACGAGCAGCAAGGUGCGUUUCUCCAACGUGCAGCUGAAAGAGGGCACGUGGCACUUCAUCACCGUGGUCUUCAGGCAGCCCUCUGCGCUCUCUGGCUUCUUCCACGUGGACUCCGCCUCUCUCUACGUGGACGGGCUGCUGCAGCAGACGGGCAAGCUCUCCUUCGCCCCAUCCCCCCAGGGGAAGCUGCUCCGAGUCACACUGGGAACAGGCAGCGAGGCCGCCUGUGUGAGCCCGCUCACCUGGCAGCUGGGGCCCACAGUGCUCUUUGAAGAGGCGGUUCCCUCCUCUGCGGUCCUUUUCAUGUACCUGCUAGGCCGCGGGUACCGAGGGGUUUUCCAGGACCCGGCUAUCCGGCAGUUCCUCCCUCUCGAAGCCUGCUGUGCCCGGAAUCUGCUGCUAGUGGAGAAGAUAGAAGCAGAGGCGGCAGCGCAGGGGGGGACCCCCACUGGGCUAUGGGUCAAAGGGGACGACUCGUCCAUAUUCCAUGAUAUGGCUGCUGCUGCUGCGAGGGGAGGGGAGGGGGAGCUGUGCCCUGUGGUGUGGGAUGCGGAGAAGCCGACAGCAGCGGCGGCGGCAGUGGCGUGCAGGAAGAUCAUAUUCAAGUUUGAUGGUUCGACGGUGGAGCUGGAGGAGAAUGGCGAGCUGUGCCCCGCGUCCCUGGCACGCACCAUGGUCAACCUCGUCGACCUCAGCCAUGGCGCUGCUUCCUCCCUCGGAGGCCCGAAGAUGGCAGCUCUUUUUGGGGACAUCCAGCUGUGCUGCCCCAGCAGCGUGGCAGACGGGCUGCGAGUCAUCGGCGGCAUGUCAGUGCUGCUCGCCCUGCUAGACAUGGCAGACACGGCGGAGCGCCUGCACCUGGCGCUCUCUCUUCUCACCUCGUGCCUGCGAGAAAACCCCCGCAACCAGGAGGAGAUGCGGCGACUGCGCGGCCACCACAUGCUCGCCAUCUUCCUUCACCAGCGCAUGCCCCUAGUCACGCCCGCGUCCUUCGCCCUCCUGCUCUCCCUCGCCGCGCCUGCCACGCACAAGCCAUCCUCCCUCCUGCUUGCAGGAGACGCCUCUGGAAACUCCCUGGGUGCUACCUCCCUGGGGUCUCCUACAGCAGCGGUAUCUGCUGAAGAGGCGUCAGAGCUGGUUCUUUGCAGCCCGGGGCUGGUGCUGCACGUGCUGCUGGAUUGGACCAUCUGGUCCAUCGCGCCACUGCAGCUGCAGCACGAGCUGCUCGACUUCCUCAACCUCGUAGUCGCCCACAGCCGCUUCCGCCGCCAUAAUGUGGCGCUGCUGAGGCGCCUGGACGUAGUGCACCGCCUGCUGCUCGCGCUGCAGCACACGGAGCUGGACCCGGCUGUCAUUCACAAGCUCGUGAGGGUGCUUGGCGGCGUGCUGGGGGCGGGGUUCUUGCCCGCAGAGACCAAGCAAGUCUCGGACUUUGUACUCAUGACGUUCAAGGGGUCGGGGAAUGGAGGCGCGGCGGCAGGAGCAGCAGGGCUGUCAGCAGGGGGAGUAGCAGUAGCAGCAGGGGCAGCGGUAGCAGGCGGGGCAGGGGAGAUAUCCUUUGGGAGGAGUAGCAGCACUGGAUGCGCAGCACCAAGCACUUCCGGUUCUGCUGCUGCUGCUGGUACCAUUGCUUCACAGGAGCCGUAUGGUCGUCACGUGGCAACGCGUAACGCGCUGCUCGAGAUGCUCAUUCAGCUGCAGAUGCGCCUGGCCCUCACCCCCAGUGACGAGCGCCUGGACCUGUGGCAGAGAACCGUCUCCAGCAAAGUAACUACCCUCCUUCUGGACCCCUACCUGCACGAGUCCUCCCUCAAGCGCGUCCUCAUCCUGCUGGCCGACUCCCUGCGCUCGCCCACUCAAUUUGCCACGCGAUUCCGCCAGGCAGGCGGGUUCUUCUCGCUCUCGCGCGUGCUGGCUUCGUACCACGGCGAGCCAGACAUCUUCCUGGUUCUCUUCACUGCUCUCUUCGGCGCUGACCCCAAGCCAUCGCUCUGCGACAGGGAGGACGUGCGCCUGGUGGACCUCCAUGCGCUGCUGCCGCUCAAGGCAAGCCCAGGCGAGGACCUCAUGUUCCCAGAGCUGCUGGAUUCCGUCCUGGCCAUGCUGCGCGCUGCCCUCCUCUCCGCUGUCCCCGAUCAAAGUACCGACAGAAAGGUGCCUGGGGCUGCUAGUGCCAUAGGCUAUACUGGGGAGGGUGGGCCUGAGGGAGACGGAGGGGGGGCAGGGGCGGGUCAGAGCGGGGACUGGAGUGGAGGGGGGAGGCAGGCGCUGGUAGAGCCGCUGAGGCGAGGGGCGGAGGGGGCAUCGGCGUUGGUGGUGGGGGUGCUGCGGUUCUGGCUGCAUGGAGUGCAUUGUCCUGGGCCCACUGCGCUGGCUGCUGCCACUCGCCGCCCAGAGUGCCUGGAGGGCCUGCUGGACCUCUUCUUUGCCUGCAUGCGGCACUGUGCGGAGUCAGCUCGCAAGGCCACAGCGCGUCCCCCCUCCCCGCGCUCCUCAUCCCAUGCGCCUCCCCGCAAGGCCUCCCGCACCUCCUCCCUUGAGGCCAUCGCCUCAGGGGGCGAUCACGAGGGGGAUGGGGACGAUGGGCAGGAGGGGACCCAGUGGAAGGAGGGGCAGGAGGAGGACGAGGAGGAGGAAGAGGAGGGGGAGGAGGUGGCGGAGAACUGGGGGGGAUAUGGGAUGGAGGGGAAUGGGAAGGCUGCCCGGGUUCGCCUGUCUGGUUCUGCAGACGCUGCCAUGGGCACUGCGAGCCGGCCUGCCAUCACUGCGUCUGGCAGUGCGAGUGCUCUUCUAGGCCACCCAGGCGCGCAGACAGGGCAGUCAGGCUCGCCCUCCUACAACUCCCCGCUCGCACGCCACCUCAGCGUCACGGCCGCGUCCAUGAUGACGUGGCUGGGCGGCACGAGGGAAUCCAUGGAGGAGAUUGCGUCCAGCACGCUCUCCUCUCUGGGGCAGACGGGCAGCGGCAAGCUAGACGGGGAGAUGAUAGGGGGAGGGGAGGAGGGCGCGGAUGGCCUGGCUCCGCUCGUCCCAGAGGCGCUUUUCCUUGUGGAUGCGGAGAGUAUGAAGGGGAAUGUGGCCGCGGUGGCAGCAGGGCUAGUGCUGGAUAUCAUUGGGGAAGUGGUAGCGGGAGCGCUGCUGGAGGUGGCUAAGAGUGCGCCGCUGCUAGACGCAGUGCAGGAUGCAGUGCCAGGGGAUAUUCCUGCCGAUGUUGCAGCGGUCUUCACUGGCCAGUGGCUGCAGCGAGUGCUGCUGGUUCUCGAGCGCUGCUUGCUUGCUAGCAGCGCAGAAGCCAGCAAGCUGGACCGUGCACGCUGGGGGCCCAAUCUAGAGGCCCUUGCUCCUGUGCUUGCAGACGCGGCUUUCUGCGGGUCCUUUGCCCGGCCUAAGUCGUGCAAGCAGGUGCUGCAAUUUAUGCUGCAGUUACUGCAAGCCGCCAACACCAACGGGCUGAUUGAAAACGCCCAGCCAGCGACCAGAGGACUGCUUAUCCGCACUCGCGGCACCUUCCUAGAGCCCUACAUCCUCGCGCUCCUCAAAGCCUGUGGCCGCCUGGUGCUAUACUCGUUCUUACCUUUGGACAUGGUGGGAGUGCGGGCCGUGACGAGCGGGGAGGACGGGGACGAGAUUACAGGGUGUGUGCGAACGAGCCUCACGUAUGCGGCUGAGCCGUGGGUCGGGGAGAGGCGCCUGGUCCCUGCUCUCGACCCCAGCCUGGACCGAUCGGACUCCCUGCACUUGCUGCUAGCUAACCACGGUAUUGUCUUGUCAAGCGUGAGUGUGGAUCUGGACCUCGUCGCAUGCCUGUGCCACAAUCUCACCUACAUGAUUCUCCAGCUUCCGUCCACCCAGCAGCAGCAGCAACAAGGCGGAGGGGGGGGGCAGGAGAGGGAUUCGCUGAUCCAGCAGCAGCAGCAGCACGUUGCACUGGCAGCAGAGGCGUGGAAGGUGCUGGUGGCGCACCGAGCCAAGGAGCUGGAGGAUAUGCUCACCUUCCGCACGCCAAGAGGGGACGUGGUGGACUUAUUCCACGGGGGGUUCGACACUGUGCUCCAGAAUGGCGAAGCGUCACUCGUGCACUGGUUGGUGGGGUCUCAGGCGUUGGUGGUGGAAGUGCUGGGGCAGAAGGCCACUCCCUCGUGGCGAGACGCAGUGCUCGCCGCUGCCCGUGCCGCGGAUGCACGAGUGAAGGUGCUCGAGGUGAGGCGGCGGAAGGAGGCUCAGCGGCGAGCCCGGGAUAGCCUGCGGUCCCUGGCGAGGUAUGAGGAGCAGCAAGUGGGGAAUGUGAGCACGGCAGAGAAGGUGCGGUUUGGCAUUGCUAAAGAGCUGCUGGUGCGGCGGCAGGACAAGUUUGGGUGGGUUCUCCAGGCGGAGAGGGAGUGGCAGGGGCACCUGCAGCAGUUGGUGCACGAGAGGGGAAUCUGGCCCGCAUGGAGGGGGGGGCUGGACGCGAAACAGAAGUCUAAGUGGGGAGAUGAAGGGGGGGAGAAGGAGGGCGACGGAGGGGAGGAGGCGGAGGGAGAGGAGGAAAAAGCGGGGACGCUGCAGUGGCAGCUGUGCUCCACAGAGGGGCCAUUCCGCAUGCGCAAGAAGAUGAGGCGCAGCAAGGUGCAGGUGGACCUGAGGCAGAAGCAGUGCGUGACGUGCAUUGAGCCGGAGCCGAUUCCCAUAGUGGAAGGCGCGGAGGAGGAGGCGAGAGAGGCGGAGCGGCGCAGCAGGGAGAGCAGCAAGGCAGAGAGCAGCAAGCAGAAAGCGGAAGAGGAUGUGGAUGAUUCGCAGGGGAAGGAUGGGGCGGAGGGCAGGGAAGGAGAAGCUAAGGGAGAAGCGGAUGCUGCAGGGGGGGGUGCAGAGAGCAAGGAGGGAGGGGGUGAGGAGUCGUACCUGCAGCUAUCAGUGAGUGACGGCACGCCGCCUCGCAUAUACCGUGCCCAUUCCACCAUGGUGGACUUAGACGACGAGGGGGGCAGCCUGGCUGACCUGGUUGCCUCGCACAUGGAGGCUUUGGAGGAGGAGGAGGUGGAGGGACAGGCUAGCGACUCUGCUGAGAAGGAAGCUGAGAACGCAAAGAGGGGGGGUGGUGCGUCUGAUGCUGCCAAGGUUGAUGCAGCGAAACCGGAGAGGGUGAGCGGAAGUGUGAGUGGCACUGCUAGUGCUGGUGCGAGCAGCACGGUCGGAGGGCGGGGAAUAGAGGCCAGCAGCAGCGGUGGCAGCAGCAGCGCAGACCCCGCGUCCCGCGGCAGCAGCAAGCGCAUGGGGUACGACCUCGGAGUGGAUUGCCUGCGCGGCGGGGCGGGUGGAGGGGCAGAGAACGACGACGGGGAGUACCUCAUCCGGCCCCAUCUGGAGCCGGGCGAGCGCAUCCGCUUCCGCUACAACUGCGACCGCGUGGUGGGGCUGGACAAGCGCGACGGCAUCUUCCUCAUCGGCGACCAGUGCCUCUACGUCAUCGACAACUAUUUCAUCGACAGCACUGGCAGGUUCCGCGAGAAAGAGGCUGAGGGGACAGUGUCUGUGCUGGACCAGGCGCUGGGGAUGAAACCGGGGAAGCCAACAGGGUUUACUGCAGCUGCCUGUGGGGCGAAUCCCAUGAAGCGGCACGGAGUGGGGCUGGUGGGCGGGUGGGCGGAGACGGUAGCAGCGUGGCGUGCAACGGGGGGUGGCGGCGGGGAGAAUUCAGGGGAGUUUGCAGGAGAAGGGGGGGAGGUGGAGGAGGAGGAGGCGGCGGAGGAGGCGGUGCUGUCGCACGAGUGCAAGAAGUGGAAGCACGAGGAGGUGCACGAGGUGCUCAAGCGGCGGUACCAGCUGCGCCCCGUGGCCAUCGAGCUGUUCUCCAUGUCGGGCAACAACGAGCUGCUCGUGUUCCACCUCAAUGAGCGCGAUGAGUGCUUUAAGAACCUCCAAGCCAUGAACCUCCCCAAAAACAGCCUCCUGGACUCGACGAUAACGAACGCGACGGAGUCAGCGGAGCCGCCCCGGCUGUUCAAGAUGAUGGCCAAGUCGCUGGGCAAGCGGUGGCAGGCGGGCGAGAUCAGCAACUUCCACUACCUCAUGCACCUCAACACGCUGGCCGGCCGCGGGUACAACGACCUCACGCAGUACCCCGUCUUCCCCUGGGUGCUCGCGGACUACCUCAGCCAGGAGCUGGACCUGAGCGAUCCGAGCUCUUUCCGCCCGCUGAAUAAGCCCAUGGGGUGCAUCACCAUGGAGAGGGAGGAGGAGUUUGUGCGCAGGUACAACACAUGGGACGACCCCGACAUCCCGCGGUUCCACUACGGGUCGCACUACUCGAGCGCGGGCACGGUGCUCUACUACCUGAUGCGCCUGCCGCCGUUCUCGCGGCAGAACAUGCAGCUGCAGGGCGGGCACUUUGACCACGCGGACCGCAUGUUCUACAGCAUCCAGGAGACCUGGAAGUCCGCCAGCACGGGGCACACGGCGGAUGUUAAAGAGCUCACCCCGGAGUUUUACUACGUGCCCACGUUCCUUGAGAACCGGUUCAAUCUGGACCUGGGGGUCAAGCAGAGCGGCGAAGGGGUGGACAACGUGAUUCUGCCCCCAUGGGCCAACGGCAGUCCGGAGGAGUUCAUUCGGAAGCACCGGGAGGCACUCGAGUCGCCGUACGUGUCAGAGCACCUCAACGAGUGGAUCGACCUCAUCUUCGGCUACAAGCAGCAAGGACCGGCAUCUGUGGAAGCAGUGAACGUGUUCUUCUACCUCACCUACGAGGGCUCGGUGAACAUCGACGCCAUCACGGACCCCUCCACCAAGGCGUCCAUCCUCGCCCAAAUCAACAACUUCGGCCAGACGCCCCGCCAGCUCUUCCUCAAGCCGCACCCCAAGCGCGAGACGCACCAGCGCCCGCCCCUUGUCAACUGCCUCCGCUACCACGACCUGGUCCAGAUGGAGGAGUCCCGGAACGUGCGCCAGAUGGUGACUCAGAUCCUCAUGGUGAAGGACAAGGUCGGAGUGCUGGUGGGAAAUUCUCUAAUCAAGGGCACGUCGAACGACCGCCGCCUGCUCUGGGGCUUCCCCGACGGGAGUCUGAGGGUGGUUUCCACGGACCAGGACAAGCUGCUAGCCACGCACGAGGCCCUGCACGACAACGGCCCCAUCCAGUGCGCCGCUGUCAGCCGCGAUGGCACGUUUAUAGCAACAGGAGGGUCGGAUGGAGUGGUUGCAAUCUGGCGGUCCCUGGGCGACGGCCCCCCUGGUCGCGCCCCUCUGCCUCAGUCCCAGAGCCAGCCCGGGCAGGCGCAGCAGCAGCAGGCGCAGCCGCAGCGGCAGCUGCAGCUGCUGCGGCGUCUGUGUGCGCACACUCAGGCUGUGACGUCUCUUGCUAUGAGCCAGGCCUGGGGGCUCGUGGUGACUGGAUCCAGCGAUCAUACAGUCAUCAUUUGGGAUCUCAACUCCCUGGAUUUUGUGCGGCAGCUGCCGGUGAUGCCUGCGCCGGUGUCAGUGGUGUAUGUGAGUGACAGCACCGGGGAUGUGGUGGUAGGAGCCGGGACGCUUCUCAGCGUGUGGACGCUGAACGGGGACUGCCUAGCCAAGGUGAACACGUCGCACUCGAUGCUGGAGGCGAUUACGUGUGUGACCACGCCGUCACACUCGGACUGGAUGGACACUGGGUGGUUCCUGACAGGCCAUCGGAAUGGGAGCAUCAAGAUGUGGUGCAUGGACUGGUGCGUGCCGGCUAACGUGUCGGUCAAGAGGACAGAGCACGAGACUGUCACUAGUAGCAACAGCAGUGGUGGUAAUUCUGCUGGGGGUGCGGCGAGCGCAGUGAGUCAGCAGCAGGCGAGUUCGGAAGGCAAGGAGCAGCAGGAGCAAGGGGACAAGGAAGAGGGCGCCAAGCAGGCAGAGGGCGACACCGCAGCAGCAACCACCCAGCAGAAUCAGCUAGCGAUCGUGCCAGCCCGGCAGCAGCAGGCGGACCUCAGGCUAAGAAAGAAGCUGCUGACCCCUGGGACGUUCAUCCCGCGCGUGGACCCCGAGUGGAAGCUGGUGCUGUGCCGCGAGCUGGUGUGGCACAAGGAGGCUGUCACCGCCCUCUUCCUCACUCCCGAGCUCAGGCAGCUCUUCUCAGGGGACAUUGCAGGGCACAUUGCAUGCUGGGCCAUUCCCGAUGCUGAUGCUGAAAACAUCGUGCUGCAUGAUACGCAGGUGUCAGUGUGUGCGGGGGCGUGCAGGAGGCGGUUCACAGUGGGCGAGCGGCGCUUUGAGUGUGUGACAUGCAAGAAGGUGGUGUGUGGGCGCUGCGGCGGCAGCAAGAUGAUGGUGGACCGCUCGGGCCACUACGCGCAGCGCUGGGUCUGCUCCUCCUGCCAGCACCAGUCCGACGCCGCAGCCGCUGCUGCUGCUGCAGUAGCUGCAGCGGCGGAUGCAGGGGCUGGGGGGGCGGGAGUAGGAGGAGGAGCAGCAGCAGCAGCAGGAGGAGGGAUGGGUGUCCGGUCUAGCAUGGUCCGGGGCAUGUCGGUUGCAGCACCUCAGGGCAUGGGGGCCAUGGGUGGGCCAGGGGGAGGGGGGCAUGCAGGGGCGGGAGAGGGGGGAGGGCUUGGGCAUGCGCAUGGGGGGGAGAGAGUGGGGCCGGGUGCAGGGCCGGGGCAGCGACCGUUUGUGGCAAUGCCGCGCAUUUCCAAGCAGACGGGAGGGCUGCCGCAAGGAGGUGUGAGGCGGGGGCCUGGCAGCAUGCCCCGCUCCACGACCUCGUCUUAGCUUGCCCUCCCUCCCUCCCUCCCUCCCUCCCUGCACCACCUGCCGGUUGCAGGCUAGCCAGUGCAUGCUUGUUGCCUUCACAGGAUCUGGUUUACCGGUUUGUUGCCCCAACAUCUUAGCUGGGAUUCCGAUGACUGCAAGGGUGACAUACCUAGGAAACGUUCCAUUAGGUUGACAUGUCAGAUCACCUCCGUCUGGUUGGGUUACUGGUACCGGUGUGUGUGCCGAGGUUCCAGUUUGAGGCAUCUCCGAUGGGGUGGCCGCUUGUCCACCACGGUGCCUGAUGCCGUUACUUCUGACCAUGUCGUUACACCAUCAGAUAAAUUAUAUUAUUACGCCGUUCCUUGACGUGGAAAU